CAGUCGUCUCCAUGACUUUUGUAGGCAAUGGUUGAGACCAGAAAUGCACACGAAAGCCCAGAUGCUGGACCUGGUGGUUCUGGAGCAGCUCCUGGCUAUCCUGCCCCCAGAGAUGGAGGGCUGGGUGCGGGAGUGUGGAGCAGAGACCAGCUCCCAGGCGGUGGCCGUGGCUGAAGGCUUCCUCCUGAGCCAGGCAGAGGAGCAGAAGGAGGGGGUCCAAUUGCAGUGCUGCACUGUGGAGAUCAGAGAUCCUGAGGGAAAGAAGAACCCAUCAAAUCCCCCUCAGAAGCCAUUUUUCAGUGGGAUCCCUUGGGAAGACCCAAGUCGGGACACCUCAGGAGAGAAACAACGAAUGAAGUUUUCUGUUUUUUAUGAUGGAGCUCAAACAGCGGUUGAACCUCCAAAUCAAGAGAGUCUUGUGUCCUUUGAGGAGGUGGCUGUGUAUUUCUCGGAGGAGGAAUGGUCUCAGCUGGAUCCUGACCAGAANCAACGUUUUCCUAUCUCUUCUACCAGCUUCCUUAUGCAUGCCUCAGGUACUACAGUCCUUAAAGGACCAAUUAACACGUUCCACAAUGGCUUGACCUGUGGAAUUGUAAGGAAAACUGGGCUGGAGAAGGCAGACCAGUUGGGAGUUGGCAGUCACAUUUUCUUUUUCUUCUGUCAGGUGCUGAAGGUAGCCAUCUUAGCUGAGAAAUACGCAGUAGACUAUAGUUGGUAUGUGGAUACCAUCCUCAACCUGAUCCGCAUUGCUGGUGACUAUGUGAGUGAGGAGGUGUGGUACCGUGUCAUCCAGAUUGUCAUUAACCGGGAUGAUGUGCAAGGUUAUGCAGCCAAGACAGUCUUUGAGGCUCUCCAGGCUCCUGCUUGUCAUGAGAACAUGGUGAAAGUUGGAGGCUACAUCCUUGGGGAAUUUGGGAAUCUCAUUGCUGGGGAUCCCCGUUCCAGCCCUCUGGUUCAAUUCAACCUUCUCCACUCCAAAUUCCACCUCUGCAGUGUUUCCACUCGGGCCCUACUUCUCUCUACCUACAUCAAAUUCAUAAAUCUCUUCCCUGAAACAAAGGGCACCAUCCAGGAAGUGCUGUGCUCGGACAGCCAGAUCCGCAAUGCUGAUGUGGAAUUGCAGCAACGUGCCAUUGAAUACCUCAAGCUCAGCUCUAUUGCUAGCACCGAUGUCUUGGCUACAGUACUGGAGGAGAUGCCACCAUUUCCUGAACGUGAAUCUUCCAUCUUGGCAAAACUCAAGAAAAAAAAGGGUCCCGGGGCUGGCAGUGAGUUAGAUGAUGUCAAGAAGGAUCCAAACUCUGAAAUCAAUGGAGGCAUGGAGCCCUCAGCCAGCACUGCUGUGAGUGCAGGGGAGAAGGACAAGGCUAGAAAUGGGGAAGGGGCUUGAAAU